AUGGAGGGUAGUCUGAACUCUUUCAUUCAAGACCUGAACACUCAUGAUAGAGCCGAGACUACCGUCUCGUUUGGCGAGACCGCCAUCUCGCCACUCGCCAAUGGCGAGACCGCCGUCUCGCCACUCGCCAAUGACGAGAUGACCGUCUCGUUUGGCAAGAUGGUCGUCUCGCCACUUGCUGAAGGCGAGACUGCCAUCCAGUUUGGUUAG